AUGCUGGCUGAAGGUGAAAACAUGGCAAGUACAUCGCUAUGUACUGCUAAUACAUCAGCGUCUCAGAAUCUUCGGAAAGUGUCUGGUUUUGUAGAAAAUAAAACCACACAGUGCUCAUUUUCCAUUGAAAGUAUUUUGGGACUGGAGCAGAAAAAAGAUGGCAUUCCAGCUGUGAAACCUCACAGACCAUGGAUGGAUGCAUGCACUAACUUGGUUUUAGGUGAUGACAGUAAUCCCCAUCUGCAAAUCCCUGUUGUUUGCUAUGAAAAUCCAUCAUUUCAUGCUAACAGUAAUCCAAUGCAAGAGGAAAAAGUUUUGAAAUGUGAAAAAUAUUUUUCAGUCACUGAAAGACUAUCUUUCAAACGCGAAUUGAGCUGGUACAGGGGUAGAAGACCAAGAACUGCGUUCACUAGAAACCAGAUUGAAGUCUUGGAAAAUGUUUUUAAAAUUAACUCCUACCCUGGCAUUGAUAUUAGAGAAGACCUAGCUCGCAAAUUAGAUUUAGAUGAAGACAGGAUCCAGAUCUGGUUCCAGAACCGUCGUGCAAAGCUGAAAAGAUCACACCGAGAAUCUCAGUUUCUAAUGGUGAAAAAUACAUUCACCUCCAGCCUGCUAGAAUAG